AUGUCUCACUUGCGUGUUGUUGCUCCUGAUUUACCUCAAGUGGCUGUUUUGUUGGAUCAAGAGAAGGCGUAUGAUCGGGUUCAUCCUGAAAUAUCUUGUCGUGUGUUGCUCCGGUUUGGUUUUCCUGGUGAGUUGGUGUCUUGUCUGUCUUCUUUGUUCUUUGGAACCAAGAUUUCAGUGUCUAUCAAUGGUUGGCUUGGUGCUCCUGUACCUCAAUUGCGAGGUCUUCGUCAAGGUGAUCCUCUGUCUCCAUUGCUAUUCAAUCUGGCAUUUGAGCCUUUGCUUCGUUCUCUCCUUGCUUGUCCUGGUCUUUCUGGUGUUACUCUGUCUCCUGUUAAUAUCCCACGUAAAUGGAAGCCUUCACCGGUUGAAGUUCGUGUGGAUCAUGGUACUGGUUCCCGGAAUUGGACUUUGGACUUUGUCAGUGGCUCUGUUGCUCCUCCUCCUGUCAAGAUUCUAAGCUAUGCGGAUGAUCUUGAGGUGUUUUUGUCUUCGCCAGAAGAGUGGUCUGUGUUGUUGUCUGUUCUUGAUCUGUAUGGCCGAGCAUCUAAUGCGAAAGUCAAUAUCAGCAAGACAGUGUUGGUGUCGUUGUCUGGUGUGUCACACUCUGCUUGGGUUGCUUUGGCUGAUUCUACUGGUCUCCAGUGGCAUGACGCUCACUCUCGUGGUGCAGUACGUUACUUGGGUUAUCCCUUGUAUCAUACUGAAAGUCAACUUCAAGACUAUCUUGAUGGUGUCUUGGUGAAGGUCCAGCGACACAGUAACUUGAUGAAACAAAGGAAUCUCUCCAUUAGGGGAGCAGGACUAGUGGCUAACUCGUUACUGUUGUCAAAGGUAUAUCAUUUGUUGCGUGUUGUUCCUGGUGGUGCUACUACUGCGUCGUGGUUGAAGUCUCUCACUACGGUGGUCCGUGAGUAUCUGGUGUCCUUUCGCCCUGGUGUUGCUUGGUCUACUUUGUGUCUCCCCCGCAAGUUUGGUGGUGUUGGUCUCGUGGAUAUAGCAGAUCAAAGCUUAGCUUUGCAUCUUGUCUAUUUGCAACGUUUGUUGCGUCCACCCUCUCCCAGUGAUUUUGUCUCCUCUUGGUUGGUGUACGCUUUUCAAGUUUACACUGGUCAUAAGUCCAUCUUGCCGUGGUUUUGUUUUCCUGGUCUUUACCAGUCUCGUGUGUCUUCUGUGCCUGCUCUAACACAUCUUGGAAAGCUUCUGUUGAGAUUGCCAAAGUUAGUUCCUUCCUCUGGUUGGUCUGCUAGGUGGUUUCUUGAUCUUCCCUUGUGUUCUGUACUCAGUACUGUGCCUUCUGUUCGUCCUCCUCGUGAUCCAUCAUCUCUUGAUCCUCGUUUCUUGGUGUCGGAUGUCUCUUUCUGGCAACCUGAUCUAGGUAUAGUUGAUGGUGUCACCUCUCAUCUUGCUUGGUCAUCUCGUGUUUUGCGCCCUGUUUUUCUUGCCUUGAACCGUGAUCGUGGUCCUGUCUCUCUGGUAUUCCCGCCUGUCAUGGAUAGUAAGAUAGUCUUAUUGUACACAUUGGACUGUCUCCAACUCGUCUCGUCUCGUUCUGCUGCUCCGGUUGCUCGUCUCUCUCUUGGUGCUUUGCGAAGGUAUUGGCACCCUGCAAAGGGUACCAUUACCUCUCGUAUGGGUCCUCCCUUGAAGUUGCCUGCCCAUUUGUUGCUGUCUCCUGCUUUGUGGCGUCUUUUCUGGUCCCUGGAAAUGCCUGCAAAGGCUUUCACACCUUGGUGGCGAUUGCUACAUGACCGUGUCCCGCACCGCUCGUGGUGUCAUAAGAUUAUGCCUACAAAAGUUCUGUCUCCUGCUUGUGCUCUUUGUGGUUUUGCUACAGAGGACCUUUACCAUUUCGUGGUGGGUUGCCAUGUCAAGUCAUUUUUCUGGCAGGAUGUAGUCUCUUUGUUGUCACUUCAAGAGCUACUCCCCUCUGCUUCUUCUAUUUGGUUGGCGCUGACUACCUUUUGUAGUGGUUCGGAUUUGUUGGUGAUCGAUGAGGAUGUUCUGAUUGCUCUUGGUGCUGCUUACAGUACACUUUGGAAGUAUCAUUGGCGAUGCGUCAUAGACGAGGAGCCUUGGAUAGCUUCUGCUGCUAUCAACAUGGUCCGUCAAGACCAUAGUACACUCUUUUCUUCUCUUUCUUUGGCAAGUGUUCAAGCUGGCACCUUGGCCUUGCCUGUAAUUACUGUAUAG